AUGUCGACAUCCUGCCCUGACCUCUGCCUUUGUGUUUUGAUGCUGAUGAUUGACACCUCAUCCUCUCUGGUCUCUCUACCCAGCAGCCAGCGGGCAGUCAUGCUGAAGCCGGGUGACCCGAGUGGCUCGGCCUUCUUGAAGGUGGACCCGUCCUACCUGCAGCACUGGCAGCAGCUCUUCCCUCAGGCGCAGCUGAAGGCUCCUCUGGGCCCACCGCCGCCUCCACCUGACCGUCUCUCCAUCCCCAUGGACACCCUGCGCACAUCCCGCCUGCACAGCCACCUCCUGGCCUCCACACACUGCACCUCCUCCUCUUCGUCUUCUACAUCCUCCUCCUCAGCUUCUUCUUCAGCAGCAGCAGCGGCAGCAGCAGCAGCAGCUCUCACCCCGUCCUCCUCCAUCUCCAUCUCCACCUCGGCAGGGAUCUCCCAGCUGCCCGUCCCCCAGCAGAUCGCACUCUUUGGGCAGGCAUUGGCCCCGGUAUGUGCCGGGCCUGGAGGACCUGGAGGAGGAGGAGGAGGAGGACCAGGAGGAGGAGGGGGAGACCUGGUGGUGGUGGUCCCCCCGGAGAACCAGCAGGGUCACAACCCAGCAGCGGGGUUUCUCCAUCAGGCCAAAGAGCAGAGCUGUGGGGGGGUCGGCGUGGUGUCGUCCAGCGUGAAGAGCAGCAGCAGCAGCAGUGGAGGAGUCGAGGAGGGCGGCAAAGGAGCGACGGGCAGGUUCAAGCUGACGUCGGAGGAGCUGGACUACUACCUGUACGGACAGCAGAGGAUGGAGAUCAUCCCACUGAGCAACCACACGGGAGAGGUCAACAACCGUUGUGACAUGUGCGCAGACAACAGGAACGGCGAGUGUCCGAUGCACGGCCCUCUUCACUCUCUACGUCGUCUGGUCGGCACCAGCAGCACGGCGGCGCCCGUCACCCUGCCGGACGUCCCUGAUUGGCUCAGAGACCUGCCCAGAGAGGUGUGUCUGUGCACCAGUACAGUUCCUGGUCUGGGUUACGGGAUCUGUGCAGCUCAGAGGAUUCCUCAAGGAACCUGGAUCGGCCCGUUUCAGGGAGUCCCACUGCUGCUGGACAAACUGCACUCUGGAGCCGUCAGAAACACAAGACACCUGUGGGAGAUCUAUGAUGCAGAAGGGACGUUACAGCACUUUAUUGAUGGUAAUGAUCCCAGUAAGUCCAGCUGGAUGAGGUACAUCCGCUGUGCCAGACACUGUGGGGAGCAGAACAUGAUGGUUGUACAGUACAGGAUGAGCUGGAAUCUGGUGAAACCAGCUAAAGCAGCUUUGCCGCUGAUAAGUAAGAUAAAGAAACUGUGA